UUGCAACCACAUUUAUUUAUUCUAUGGAGGAAAAAUCUCUCUAUCAAUGUAUCCGGCCUUAGCAUCGUCUGGAUUGAUCUUCAUAUCCUUUUGAAUCUAACUUUGCAGAUGUAAACUCACCUACAUUGUAUACAAUAGCUGGUGCUAUUGCUGAAUUUGAAAGGUAGAAGACAUUGGAAAAGAAAAAAGGAAGUUUGUGAUGAGCACAAAUUACGCCCUUUUUAUCUCAUGCUUUUCACUCCUUGUGAUGAAAGAUGACUAAAGUAAAAAGGCAUCAUAGCAUACUGUAGUUCGAUUGAUGAAAGAAGUAGGAAGCAUGAAUGAAACAAGUGAAGAGAAUAGUGCAUCAAAUUCCGAAAGCCAGCGAUCGUCAAAUCAUGCACGCCCGUGAUCGGAGGGGAGGCCCAGCAUCUCUCCAAUAGCUUAAAUAUACCCCCCACUUCACCCAACCUUUCUUCACUCAAAAACUUUCUCCUGCGUUCUAAAUCCAAAGACAAGAUGUCUCUAACUAGAAAAGCUUAUGUUAUUUUUGUUACUGUAAUUGUAUUGGGUGCAAGAGAAAAUUGCUCGGCCACAAGGGCAGUCACGACAAAAGCCCUGCUUAGCACUUCACUGGCUGAUGAAUAUUACGCCUAUUCAAACGUGGUUGACAUUAGAUCAUUCGGUGCAAAAGGCAACGGAGUGACCGACGAUACCAACGCAUUUAAGGCAGCGUGGCAAGCAGUCUGCUCCAAAGCGUCCUCAACAUUACAUGUCCCAGCUACUCACAGCUUUCUAGUUGGGCCGAUCAACUUCUCAGGACCCUGCAAAUCAAAGAUUAUCUUUGAGCUCUAUGGAACUAUAAUUGCGCACUUGAAUCCCAAGUCCGGGGCUUCCAAUUUGUGGGUAUGGAUCGGUUUCUCCAAACUAAACGGAAUCACUGUAGUGGGGAAUGGGGUUAUAGACGGACAAGGAGCACCUUGGUGGAAGUUGUCCCAAUACGAUAAUAUGGAGAGCGACGAUUAUGGUGACAGCUUACUGAGUGUGAAGCCCACGGCAUUGAGAUUCUUCGGGAGCUUUUACGUGACCGUCCAGGGCAUCACAAUAAAAAACAGUCCACAAUUUCACCUCAAAUUUGAUACUUGCACUUCUGUGAAAGUGGCUGGCGUGACAAUCUCCUCUCCUGCAAACAGUCCAAAUACAGACGGAAUUCAUGUUCAAGAAACCAGUGAUGUUGAAAUCCACCAUUCUUCAAUUUCAUGUGGAGACGACUGCGUGUCGAUACAAACAGGUUCCUCUGGCAUCCGCGUUCAUAACAUCAACUGUGGCCCUGGUCAUGGUAUCAGUAUUGGAGGACUAGGAAAAGACCAAUCCAAGGCUUGCGUUUCCAACGUGAGCGUCUACGACAGCAACAUUCAAGAUGCUUCCAAUGGCGUCCGCAUCAAAACAUGGCCGGGGGGAUUUGGAUCAGUAAAGGGUGUGACGUUCUCCAAUAUACAAGUUUCUAACGUGGGGACUCCAAUCGAUAUCAAUCAAUUCUACUGUGAUAAAACUACUUGUCGAAAUCAAUCAUCGGCAGUCUAUGUAACGGACGUGACAUACCAGAAGAUCAUUGGGACAUACGUGGACAGGCCAAUCUAUUUAGCCUGUAGUAAUGAUAUCCCAUGCACUGAUUUGAAGAUGAUCGACAUCAACUUAAAACCUGCUGUUGCAUACCAGAAGGAUCCCUUCUGUUUGAAUAGCUAUGGACAAUCCACUGUUGAUUGCCUUCGACCAGGAAGGCCCCAAAAUGAUCCUUCCCGCGCUCAAUCACACGGAGAUGCAUGUUAAAGCACUUAAACAUCAGUUUAAAUACGAACUAUCUACUAGUGUGGCUCGAUACUUUCCAGUGAUUGUACUCAUGUACUUCCUCUAUUACUAUAGUAUUAAAUAUUAUCCUCUUUUUCGAAAGAAUGUUAUCAUGUUAUUAGUUCCUAUCAAAGGCAGGAUAUUAUGGUUUUAGCUAUUCUGGUUUCAAAAACAUUCUAUUGUACAUUGAUAACUUUCGUGUUAUACUAUAGUGGGGGCUGCGGCCAAGCCAGACAACCACUCUGUGCCUAUUCAACAGUUUUUGUGUAUGCAUAACACAAAAGUUAUCAGUCGUUGGAGCCAUUGCAUUUUUUUUCUUU